AUGUCAGAUUCCGAAACGUUCAAACAUUUAAACGCAAAAGUUUACAAGGAACAAGCCAUUUGGAUGUUGAAUGCUAUGUGGCCUUCAACCAAAUCGGCCAAAGCUGAAGAGAUCUGGAAGUUUGUUCAGAUCUUUUCCGAUUUAGAUCAAGAGAACCACGCUUCCGGGUGUUGUCUUGAUGAGUUGAAUAUGCAUCGAGUCUUUGAGAAAUUGAAUUCCCAAAAGACGGUUCAAGAGAUGCGAAGUCAAAUGAAGAAGGCGGGGCUUGAGAAUUUCAAGAAGUUUGGACUUCUUCACUUCUUAGUCUUUUACUACGACCAAGACUGGAAGAAGAUUACCAACGCUCCACAAGGCGAUAACUCCGAACAACUCGAAAACGCAAAGAAAUUAUUAGAGGCCGUCUCUAAGCAACUUGAAGAGUGUCAAAAGAAAGCCGAGGCGGCUAAAAAGUCUGCCGAGGAAGCCGAUAAAAGACAAAAAGAAGCACAAAAGGCUGAAGACGAGGUGACUAAAGCACUCGAUGAAGUCAAGUCACAAGAAGACGCAAAAAACAAGAAGCGCGAACAACUCCAGAAGAAGAUCGAGACAGCGGGAUUGGUAGCUAAGAAUGCUGCUAUUCAAGAAUUGGCUAAAUUGGACAACGAGGAUGACCUCCCAAUGAGAAGAGCCAAGACAACUUUAGAGGCGGCCCAGCGAAAGGCGGCAAAAGCUGUAAAAAUAGCUACAGAAGCAAAAGAAAAGGCUGACAGCGAUGCGGCUGAGGCAGACAAAGCUGUCGAAGAGACACAAAAGAAGGUCGAAGAGGCUGAAAAGUUCUUGAAAGAGCAACAAGAGUCUGCUGGUGGAAAUGGACAGGGCACUAUGUGGUGGAUGCAGAGAGAGCUCGAUGAGAAAAAGAAGUACAUGCCAAUGAGAAAGGGUGGUGUAGCGAAGUAA